CCCGGCUGGAGCCUGGAGCUUCUGACCCUGGGAGGGGUUCCUGGGAGUCUAGGGUUGGAAGCAGGACCCCUGGGUUUGGGAGACAUGGACAUCAGGGGGUGACUGGAAGAGGACCUCCGGGUGGUAUGGGAUGCCCUGGAGUCCCAGGAAUGUCUGGCAGCAGGAGUCUCGGGCUCCUGCUGGAGGAUAAGACACUUUACUGCCCAGGGAUAUGCAAGAGGGCUGGAAGUAUCCUCAGUAGGUCUGUGUGGGUGACUGUGGGUACCCCAAGGUGACAGGCCUGGCUGUGACCUUCCGCAGAGCUGCCCUGUCCAGACUAUGGACCCUGAGGUGUCUCUGAUGCUGCAGUGCCCGCCGGGUGGGCUGCCAGAGCAACAAGUACGGGCUGAGCUGAGUCCAGCCCACGACCGUCGUCCCCUGCCAGGAGGGGACCAGGCCAUCGCGGCUGUCUGGGAGAGCCGGCUACAGGCCCAGCCCUGGAUCUUUGAUGCUCCCAAGUUCCGCCUGCACUCUGCCUUCCUGGAGCCCACUGGCUCGCAGGGGCCGCAGCUGCUCCUGCGCCUGGGCCUCACUUCCUACCGAGACUUCCUGGGCACCAACUGGGCCAGCUCAGCUGCCUGGCUUCGACAGCAGGGGCUUGCUGACUGGGGUGACAAGCAGGCCUACCUGGCAGACCCCCUGGGAGUGGGCGCCGCGCUGACCACCGCGGAUGACUUCCUUGUCUUCCUGCGCCGCUCCCAGCGGGUGGCUGAGGCCCCUGGGCUGGUGGACGUGCCUGGUGGGCACCCUGAGCCUCAGGCCCUGUGUCCCGGUGACAGCCCUCUGCACAAGGACCUCCCUGGGGAGCUGGUGGUGCAUGAACUCUUCUCCAGUGUCCUCCAGGAGAUCUGUGACGAGGCUCUUCCUCUUUACAAUGUGAACAAUGACAAAUGUCUCGCCUACUCCCCCAGGUGCAGCCUGACCUCUGAGCAGGUGAGGAAGCAUUACAUGAGUGGGGGACCGGAGGCGCACGAGUCCACAGGAAUUAUCUUUGUGGAGACACAGGGACUGGACUGUGCAGAGGGCUCUGAGGCUCAGAACUCUGGGCACGACUCCUGCAAAAGAUGUGAGGGCAACAUGUCUGGCUCUCACUGUCCCCCCACAGAACGUGAAGAGGUUGCAGGAGACUGAAAUGUGGGCCGAGCUCUGCCCCUCUGCCAAAGGUGCCAUCUUCCUCUACAACCAGGUCCAAAGAAGUUCCACCUGAGUCACUUUAGGGUCCCCAGACCUAUCACCACAGCUCAAAAGACAAUAAAGGACUUUAUUCUUGGA